GUUUGAGUGAGUUCGCGCGAGCCCGAGGGCGCGUCACACGCGCGCAGCGAGCGGUUCUUUUGCGUAACACCGGAACUGUGAUGUGCGGACCGCUGCAGCCCUACUGCUUCACAACACUAUUACUGUUCAUAUGAUUAAGUUCACUUCACUCAAGUUUUCCUGCCAUGACGCGCUGGAUUCCCACUAAAAGAGAGAAAUAUGGAGUGGCUUUCUAUAACUAUGAUGCCAGAGGAGAGCCAGAGCUGAGUCUUCAGGUGGGGGACACGGUGCACAUACUUGAGACGUUUGAAGGGUGGUACAGAGGAUACACACUACGACAGAAAUCACAAAAGGGCAUUUUCCCUGCCAACUAUAUUCAUCUGAAAGAAGCAAAAGUUGAGGGAACCGGGUAA